CGCUCAACCGACUGAGCCACCCAGGCGCCCCUCACAUGCGUGUUUUAAAGGUGGCACCACUAGCCUAUCUACCAGAUGAGGAAACAGAGAUGUGCUCAGAUGGACAGAGGUUUAAAGUACAAGCUAAAGCUGUGCCUGUGGGGAGAGCCUGGACGCUUAAGAGUAACUGUCUCUCAGGAGCAGCCCCACCCCGCCCCAGACAGGGACUGAAGAGAGCAGGGGAGCAGUUGGGCGCCUGUGCAGAGUGGUCCCCCACUGGGUCCUCUUCCAUCCCUCUCUCCCAAGGUCACUGACACUGUCACUGUUCCUCUCAGAUCAAGAUUUUCUCCCUCUCUAUGUUUACCGGGUCCCUGGGUAUUUCCGCUGGAACAGUUUGUCAUUACUUCCUCCAGGAAGCCUUCCUGGAAUGCUCAGGCCAAGUUGAGCGCCGACGGUUCCUCUGCCUGGGCCCCUGCCAACCCAGAUUGUAACUGUUUUCAGUUUUAACUCCCUCACUGGACUGGCAACCCCGCGGGGCACGAAACAUUUGUUCAUCUGUCUCCCUGGGUUUCUCUGUGCUUCUCAUCUGUCUCUGAGUAUCUGGUCUGCGAAAUUUUCGGUGUCUCUGUCUCUCUGUCUCCAUCUCUGGGUCCCUGAAUGUCUUGGCGUCUGUGGUUUUCUGGGUUUGAGUCUUUUGGGGUCUCCGUUCCGAGAUGCUGCCUAAGGGGUCUCUGUAUCUCUGGGUCCCUAUCUCUGUCUCUGUCCUCUGGGUCUCCCUGCCCUGCCAGGCUGGGCACUGCUCCUCUGGCCUGAGGGGGCCCCUGGGGGGGGGUCCAUGCUGCCCCGCCUGCCCACAGUGAGGCCAGGCUAGGGUAGGCCCCCGCCCAGCCCGCUGCCUGCUCCCUCCCUCCCUACCGCUUGCCUCACCACAGGGUUUGAUGAAUCAAACUCUUUGUCUGGGUGGGAUCUCCCCCAGCCAGCUGGGCAGAGAGAGGGCUUCCCCUGCCAGAGCAGAGCAACAUCAGCAGAGGCCCUCGGCUCGAGAGGUCCAGGUGGGUGGCAGAGCAAAGGAGGAAUGGACUGUGGGCCACCUGCCACCCUCCAGUCCCACCUGGCCGGGCCACGUGGCGCUGCCCGCCGCCCAGUAGCUGUGUGCCAGCAGGAGAGUCUGUCCUUUGCAGAGUUGCCCACCCUGCAGCCCCCGAGCCCUGUGUGUCUGGAUCUCUUCCCCGUCGGCCCAGAGGAGCUGCAGGCUCCUGGCAGCCGCUGGUCCCUGGGGACCCCUGCUCCUCUCCAAGGGCUGCUAUGGCCACCAUCCCCAGGAGUCUCAGACAGCGAGAUCUCCACCAGUGGGGGAAUGCGGCCCAGCAGGGCUGGCAGCUGGCCACACUGUCCCAGUGCCCAGCCCCCAGCUCUGGAGGGACCCUGGAGUCCCCAGCACCCACAGCCACAGCGCCGGGCCAGCCACGGCUCAGAGAAGAAGUCAGCCUGGCGCAAGAUGCGGGUGUACCAGCGUGAAGAGCUCCCUGGCAGCCCUGAGGCCCAUGCCGUCUUCCUGGAGCCUGGCCAGGCAGCAGAGCAAGCCCUGAGCGCAGAGGAGCCUAGGCCCCUGGAGCUGUCUGGGCCCUCCCGGUUAGGCCUGGAGGGGCCUGAGCGGAGGCGCUUCUCGGCCUCUGAAUUGAUGACCCGGCUGCACUCUUCCCUGCGCCUGGGGCGGAACUCAGCAGCCAGGGUGCUGACCCCAGGGUCAGGCACUGGAGCAGCUCGGGAAGGGAAGGCGUCCGGAAGGGAGUCGCGCGGUGUAGAGACGAGGGCGGACGGUACGGCGAUGCCAGCCCCUGUUGAGCUGAGCGGCGGCCAUAGCGGCUGGCCCGAGCCCAGGCUGGACGCGCAGGAAGAGCUGGCUCUGGGUUCCAGGAGCGCCAGCGAGCGGCGCCAGUCCCGGUUUCUCCUUAACACGGUCCUCUACCAGGAAUACAGCGACGUGGCCAGCGCCCGCGAACUGCGGCGGCAGCAGCGCGAGGAGGAGGGCCCGGGGGACGAGGCGGAGGGCGCGGAGGAGGGGCCCGGGCCGCCGCGCGCCAACCUCUCCCCGAGCAGCUCCUUCCGGGCGCAGCGCUCGGCGCGAGGCUCCACCUUCUCGCUGUGGCAGGACAUCCCCGACGUGCGCGGCAGCGGCGUCCUGGCCACGCUGAGCCUGCGCGACUGCAAGCUGCAGGAGGCCAAGUUCGAGCUGAUCACGUCCGAGGCCUCAUACAUCCACAGCCUGUCGGUGGCCGUGGGCCACUUCUUGGGCUCCGCUGAACUGAGCGAAUGUCUAGGGGUGCAGGACAAACAGUGGCUCUUCUCCAAACUGCCUGAGGUCAAGAGCACCAGCGAGAGGUUCCUGCAGGACCUGGAGCAGCGGCUAGAGGCCGAUGUCCUGCGCUUCAGCGUGUGCGACAUCGUGUUGCGCCACUGCCCAGCCUUCCGCCGAGUCUACCUGCCCUACGUCACCAACCAGGCCUACCAGGAGCGCACCUACCAGCGCCUGCUUCUGGAGAAUCCCAAGUUCCCUGGCAUACUGGCUCGCCUGGAGGAGUCUCCCGUAUGCCAGCGUCUGCCCCUCACCUCCUUCCUCAUCCUGCCAUUUCAGAGGAUCACCCGCCUCAAGAUGCUCGUGGAGAACAUCCUGAAGAGGACAGCACAGGGCUCAGAAGAUGAAGAUGUGGCCACCAAAGCCUUCAAUGCGCUCAAGGAGCUGGUGCAAGAGUGCAAUGCCAGUGUGCAGUCCAUGAAGAGGACAGAGGAGCUCAUCCACCUGAGCAAGAAGAUCCACUUUGAGGGCAAGAUCUUCCCACUGAUCUCUCAGGCCCGCUGGCUGGUUCGGCACGGGGAGCUGGUGGAACUGGCACCGCUGCCCGCGGCACCCCCUGCCAAGCUGAAGCUGUCCAGCAAGGCGGUCUACCUGCACCUCUUCAAUGACUGCUUGCUGCUCUCCCGGCGGAAGGAGCUAGGGAAAUUCGCCGUGUUCGUCCAUGCCAAGAUGGCCGAGCUCCAGGUGAAGGAUCUGAGCCUCAAGCUCCAGGGCAUCCCCGGCCACGUGUUCCUCCUGCAGCUCCUCCACGGGCAACACGCGAAGCACCAGUUCCUGCUGAGGGCCCGGACGGAAAGUGAGAAGCAGCGGUGGAUCUCGGCCAUGUGCCCCUCCAGCUCCCAGGAGGACAAGGAGGUCUUCAGCGAAGGCCAAGACCGCCCCCAGGUUCAGUGUGUCAGGACAUACAAAGCACUGCAGCCCGAUGAGCUGACCCUGGAAAAGACUGACAUCCUGGCAGUGAGGACCCAAACCAGCGACGACCUGGCCCUGGUGUCCCUUCGAUGCCACUCACGGAUGCUGCUCCUGGCCUGUGUGCCUGUAGGCUGGCUGGAGGGGGUCCGCCUGGCAGAUGGUGAGAAGGGGUGGGUGCCCCAGGCCUACGUGGAAGAGAUCAGCAGCCUCAGUGCCCGCCUUCGAAACCUCCGGGAGAGUGAGCGGAUCACAAGCGCCACCAGCAAAGUGGGGGGGCCCCCCGUGUGAUGGGACAUCGUGCCCGGCUCCUGGACAGGGCUGGAGGGACCUGUUGUGUCCCACGCCCCAGGCCAUCGCGGCUGCGCCUUGGCCUGGCAUCGAGAGCAUAGCCUGUCUUCACGUUCCUUAAAGUCCACGCUUUGGGGCCAAUGCCGGUUUCUUCCUCUGGCAUAGGGACUGCACAGGUGACAUAUGGCAAGGACUUGGGGCCCCCUCCCUUCACCCUGCCAGACUCUUAGUCCCUCUGGCAGGGGCCUGGCUCCGGUGCUGUUGGGUGCUGGGACUUGUAUGUAUAUAUGUAUAUAUUAUCUGGGAUCUCUGGCCACAGCCUGCGUGGGCCCUGGUUGCUGUGGCUUUUCUGUAAAUAAAUGCCCAUGAUGCCUUUGCUUGGA